UUGACGCCACGAGGCUCUCGACAUGGCUGUCGCGGUUGAAUGUGCGGCGCCUAAUGUGGAGAUUUUUGUAAUGUCGUAAACUAAUCUUGUUAGUAUUUUCUUUUGUAUUUGUUGUCGUCAAGUAAUUAUUUGAAUUGGUUAGGCUAUGUAUUUAGUACGUUUUAAUGUGGGCCAUUUACUUUUUAUUGUUCGCGCGCUUAGUUUCUCAGAGCAUCGCCGAUCGGAGUGUUUACAUUGUCCAUGAUUUAUAUUUGUCCACUUUGCGCUGAGCUACAAGGCCCAGUAAGUAGCUUUUAAACUGCAACAUUCAUCAUGACGUCUAUCAUCAAGUUGACCGCCAUCUCCGGGGUGCAGGAGGAGUCCGCUCUCUGUUAUUUGCUCCAGGUAGACGAGUUCCGCUUCCUACUGGACUGUGGCUGGGAUGAAAGUUUCUCCAUGGAUAUUAUAGAUGCCAUGAAAAGGCAUGUUCACCAGGUUGAUGCAGUGCUUCUGUCUCAUCCUGAUCCUCUGCACCUUGGAGCACUUCCGUAUGCAGUUGGAAAACUGGGACUAAAUUGUACUAUUUAUGCAACCAUACCAGUCUACAAAAUGGGACAGAUGUUUAUGUAUGAUCUAUAUCAGUCUCGACACAACACUGAAGACUUUAACCUAUUUACGCUGGAUGAUGUGGAUUCAGCUUUCGACAAAAUACAACAGUUAAAAUAUUCUCAAAUUGUUAACCUAAAAGGCAAAGGACAUGGCUUGUCGAUUACUCCACUUCCUGCUGGCCAUAUGAUAGGAGGGACAAUCUGGAAGAUUGUUAAGGACGGAGAGGAGGAGAUAGUGUAUGCAGUGGACUUCAACCACAAGAGAGAGAUUCAUUUAAAUGGAUGCUCUCUGGAAAUGAUAAAUAGGCCAUCACUUCUCAUCACAGACUCCUUUAAUGCAACAUAUGUGCAACCAAGGAGAAAACAACGGGAUGAGCAAUUGCUAACCAAUGUAAUGGAAACAUUAAGGAGAGAUGGGAAUGUGCUUAUUGCUGUUGACACAGCUGGAAGAGUUCUAGAGCUGGCUCAGCUUUUGGAUCAGAUCUGGAGGACCAAGGAUGCAGGCCUUGGGGUUUAUUCUCUUGCCCUUCUCAAUAACGUUAGCUACAAUGUUGUGGAAUUUUCCAAAUCUCAGGUUGAAUGGAUGAGUGACAAGCUGAUGAGAUGCUUUGAGGACAAAAGAAAUAAUCCUUUCCAGUUCCGACAUCUAUCCUUGUGCCACAGCCUUUCAGACUUGGCCAGAGUGCCUAGUCCCAAAGUGGUUUUAGCCAGCCAGCCAGAUCUGGAGUCUGGUUUUUCUCGAGAGCUCUUCAUUCAGUGGUGUCGAGAUCAGAAAAACUCUAUUAUUCUUACCUACAGGACCAGUCCUGGAACACUUGCUCGUUACCUCAUUGACAACCCUGGGGAAAGGAUCAUUGAUCUAGAGUUAAGAAAGAGAGUCAAGUUGGAAGGAAGAGAGUUGGAAGAAUAUUUAGAAAAGGAAAAACAAAAAAAAGAAGUUGCCAAAAAGCUUGAACAAGCCAAAGAGGUGGAUAUUGACUCUAGUGAUGAGAGUGAUAUGGAAGAAGACCUGGAGCAACACUCCUCUGGAAAAACUAAACAUGAUCUGAUGAUGAAAGGGGAAGGGAGUCGCAAAGGAAGCUUUUUCAAACAAGCCAAGAAGUCUUAUCCUAUGUUUCCUGUGCAUGAAGAGAGGAUCAAAUGGGAUGAAUAUGGAGAAAUUAUUAGGCCAGAGGAUUUUCUAGUUCCAGAACUUCAGGCAACUGAAGAAGAAAAGAGCAAGCUUGAAGCGGGACUGACAAAUGGAGAAGAGCCAAUGGACCAUGAUUUAUCUGAUGUUCCUACAAAGUGCAUUUCAGCAACUGAAACAAUAGAAAUCAAAGCCAGAGUGACCUACAUAGAUUAUGAGGGACGGUCAGAUGGAGAUUCCAUUAAGAAGAUCAUAAAUCAGAUGAAACCUCGACAGUUGGUUAUUGUACAUGGUCCUCCAGAGACAAGCUUGGAUCUAGCAGAAUCCUGCAGAGUAUUCAGUGGGAAAGAAAUGAAAAUCUACACACCCAAGCUGCAGGAAACAAUUGAUGCAACCAGUGAAACUCAUAUCUAUCAGGUUAGACUGAAGGACUCUUUAGUAAGUUCACUUCAGUUUUGUAAAGCUAAGGAUGCUGAAUUGGCAUGGAUAGAUGGUAUUCUAGAUAUGAGGGUGGUAAAAGUGGACACAGGAGUGAUUAUAGAAGAAGGAGAAAUCAGAGAAGAAGCGGAAGAGGGAGAGCUUCCAAUGGAUAUCCCACCAUCUUCUGAUUCAAGUGCAAUUGCUCAGCAAAAGGCCAUGAAAAGUUUAUUUGGAGAUGAUGACACUUACAUUGCUGAAGAGAGUGAUGUUAUUCCAACCCUAGAGCCGCUCUCCUCUAGCGAGGCUCCUGGUCAUCAGGCAGUAUUCAUCAAUGAACCUCGGUUGUCAGAUUUCAAACAAGUCUUGCUGAGAGAAGGAAUACAGGCAGAAUUUGUUGGGGGAGUUUUGGUUUGCAACAAUGUAAUAGCAGUUCGUCGGACUGAAACUGGUCGAAUUGGACUGGAGGGAUGUAUAUGUGACAACUAUUACAAAAUACGUGACUUGCUAUAUGAACAGUAUGCUGUGGUGUGAGAAGAAAAAUUAAGAUUUGAGAAAUCAAGCCAAAAGGAUGAGCACAACAGGAAGACACUGCUGGAAGAAGCUAUUUAGGCAUUUUAUUUUUUUCACUUGUUACACAGUGUCUCUUUGUAACUUUCUCUUAUUUGACUUUAAGAGAUUAACAAACAAUGAAGGGAGCAAAACCAGUAAUGGGAAAAAUAUGUGUCUGAUUGUGGCAGACAUGUUUAGAAUUAUUAUUUUGCAGUAGAGGAACAGCAGUCCAGUACUGCAGCAGCUGUUUCAGUGUCUUCUCCUCCACUGCCAGUGCCUGUGUGCUGUGCCUAAGCUUUCAGGCUUCAUGGGCAUUUGUCAAUUUUAUUACAAGUUGUGGCUGCAGUCACACAAUUUGCACUGAAUGCAGAAUUCUGGAUUGUGGAUUAUGUUUCCUAUUGGAAUUAUUUGCAAGUUUACCAACAGAUGGUAGUAAAAGUUCAGCCUUUUUUCAUUUGAAAUUGUUUAGGUGUUUUAAGUUCAGGGUUUGUGACAAGUUACUUUUAAAGCAAUUGUGUAAUACUUUAUUUUUAUGUAAAAGGCUGUACAGUAAAAUGUAGUAUUAGAGUUCCCAUUAUAAAUCCCUGUGUACUUAAGACUCCAAUUUAUUAAGUGUCUGGUAUUUAGUCACUAACUAAAAGGAAAAGUGCUGAUAGUACUUUACCAUCUGGCUGUCAACAGAGAAGCACAUACACCAUUUUGAGAGAAACGGUUGCAGAGGCUGAUAAAGCCCACAAUCCAUCCAGUUCAUUAAUUUAGGAAUUAAAAUCUUCCAAACAG